GGAUGCUGGCGACACAGAGCUGACACGGAAAAUCCCACUGAGCAGACCCCCCCUAGGGCCAGCCCUCCAGAGCCAGGCGCAGACCCACAAGGAGGCUGCAGGGGGCGGGACACAGGCCCCCCCGGGAACUCGAGCCCAGACACCUCCAGAGGAGCCACCGGUCCGCACCCCCUCCCCAGGGCUCUUCGAGGGGAGCGCGGAGGAGGAGGAGGAGUUCAUGCAGUUCAAGGCAACGACCAAGGGGCCCACUCCCACGGCGCCCACCCCCCGGGCAGCUGCCACCCUGCCCCAGGCGACGGGUAACCUCUCGCAGUGCGUCUGCCCGGCCGUCCCCGGCCUCCCUGGCCCGAAGGGAGAAAAAGGAGAGCGGGGGCCCCCGGGGGAAAGAGGCCAGCCGGGCUUCUCUGGGGAGCGAGGCCAGCCGGGGAGCCCAGGGCAGCCCGGCCUCCAGGGACCACCCGGUCUCCCCGGGCCUUCAGGUACCCCUGGACUGGCAGCUGGUGCCGAAGGGCCAGCUGGGUCUGAAAACGAGCUGACAAAGCAGCUGCUCAUGCCCGGAGUGGCAGGGCCGCCCGGACCCCAGGGUCUGCCCGGCUACCCAGGGCCUCCAGGCCCCCAAGGCUACCCAGGGCACGAAGGCAUCCAAGGACCUCCUGGACCACCAGGCCAUGAAGGGCAGCAAGGACCUCCCGGCGUGCCAGGGCCACCUGGGGCCCCGGGGCCGCUGGGCUUCCAAGGCCCCCAAGGGCCUGAUGGCCCCACUGGGCCUCCAGGACUCCCAGGGCCUCCAGGACGUGAAGGGCCCCCAGGAGUCCCAGGACUUGUUGCACCACCAGGAAACCCAGGGCCUCCCGGGGAGCCGGGAUACCCCGGGCAAAAGGGCGAGACAGGUGAUCUUGGCCAGCCAGGCCCUCCAGGCAGCCCCGGUUUGAUGGGGGAGAAGGGCUCCCGAGGCCCGCCCGGGCCCAUGGGGCCAGCAGGACCAAGCGUGGAGUCCAGGUGUGACCCACACGCUACCGGGCACCCCAGAUGGGCUGGCCCACCGGGUCCCAAGGGUGAAAAGGGAGACCCCGGAGAAUGCCGCAGCCAUCCUGGGGAGGCCGGGUUCCCUCCCAUCCACCCCUCCUUCCCUGGCUCAAGGGGCCCGCCCGGCUCCUGGGUACCGCUGACGUACCAGGAGAACGGCAAAGUAGAGACGGAGAUUUACGGCGCAAUCGUCCCCCACGGUCCCCCUGGCCAUCCCGGAAAUCCAGGCCCCCCCGGCCCCCCAGGACCCCCCGGAACCCCAGGCGUCCUCUACUUCAAUAGGGUUUAUCCCGUCCGCCCCAGGCCGUUCUGCAAACCUCCGGUAAGACAUGGGCCUCCUGGGCCCCUGCUAGCUGCCCCGGCUGCCUGCAGAGAUGCCCAGCAGCAGGACUGUGAAGGGCCUAAAGACCCCCAAGUCUUUGUGGCUGCCUGGCUCUUGGCUGGGGUCCCCACUGCAAACCAGCCUGUCUUUCGUUUCAGAGGGUUUAUCCCGUCCGCCCCAGGCCGUUCUGCAAACCUCCGGGCCCUCCAGGAACGGGCUAGAACCGGGCUCUCUAUGCACACCGGCCUGGACCCUGCCGGGAAGAGCCCGAGUGUGGGUAGCGGGGAGCAUGGGCCUGAUCUCCAGCCCAGAUGGAGCCUGCGCUCGGCUCUGCGGAAGCCGCGGGAGCCCGACAUCUCUGUCUGCUGCUCUCUAGAUGCCGAGUCGCCGCAGAAGGACACGCCUGCCCCCCCGGCUGACUCUGGCAUCCAGCAGCAUCACACCUGGGUCUUCAAGUCCAAGGAGCUGAUGUUCAAAUCCAGUUCGUCUGUCCCCGAAGGGAGCUUGGUCUACGUCCGCGAUGAGAACAGCGCCUUCAUCCGCACCCCGAGAGGCUGGAGCAAGCUGCUGCUGGAAGAUUCGGAUUCCGUACUGGCCGGCGAUGACCCCUCCGUGUCCACGGAACAUCAUCAGGCCGGAAAGGAAGAGAGUCAAGCAGCCACUGGGACCCUGUCCACUAGCAUCCCCCCGAGGGUGCCUUCGCUCCGCCUGGUCGCCCUGAACUUCCCGCUGCCUGGCAACAUGAACGGGCUGAGCGGCGCGGACCUGCAGUGCUACCGGCAGUCACGGGAAGCCCAGCUCUACGGCACCUUCCGGGCCUUCCUGUCGGUGCCCACCCAGGCCCUGCUCUGCCUUGUGAAAAGGACAGACAGGGGCCAGCUGCUGGCGAAGACCUGGAACUCCGUGUUCGAAGGCACCACCCGCUUCAACGCACGGGGCUUUCCCAUCUACACCUUCAACGGCCGCGACGUGCUGACGGAUCCCAUCUGGGCUCGCAAGGCGAUCUGGCACGGCUCCAGCCAGCGUGGGCACCCGGCGCCAAAGGAGAACUGCCAAGGGUGGCGGAACAGCCUCGCCGAGGGUUUUGCCUCGCCCCUGACCGAGGGGAAGCUCCUGGCUGGGCAACACCGUAAUUGCUCCACCCCCUUGGUCGUCCUGUGCAUGGAGAUCAGCUUCCCUUACCUGCACAUGUGGUGAUGGGAGCUGCUGGGGGGCAGCCAGGGGCUGCCGUGGGCUGGUGAGCCGCCAUAGCUGGAUCCUGCCAGGAUGAAUGACAGUGAGCAGAUGGUCUCCUGCCAGCCCUGGGGCUGCUUUUGGCUUUGGGGCUAUUUCACCGUUAUCCAGCCCAGUUGGACUCUGCCUUGUACCCAUAGAGGGAUCUGUCCGUCACCAGGUGGGAGGUCCAUAUGUGCAGAUUAGAGACUGGCGGUGGGUCGGUAACCUCCCCUCCUUAACUCAGAGCCAUGCCGCUGUGCCAUCUCCCCAGGCACUGGACCUAGUUAGCUAGUGCCAACCACAGGGCCUCCCUGCGAGAGGGGGGCCAUUCCCCCAGAGCAAGGCCCCGUUGGGGUCCCAGGCAGGGGCUGCAGCGAGCACUGAGGUGCGGGGCAGAGCUGGGCUAUGGGGCCAGUGCUCUCUGGCUGAGCUUCCCUGAAGCCAGGGGCGAGGAACCUUUUUUGGGCCGGGGACCACUGACCCACAGAAACAUCGGCUGGGGGUUGCACACAAGGAGAAAGACAUUGGAGGGCCCAGGCUAGUAAAAUCCUGCGUGCCCCAGCCUGCAGGGGGAUGGCGGUGGGGCUGGAGAACCAGCGUGGGCUCCCCAAUGCUGGGGGGGACCCCCCAGCCUUGGGGGACAGGAUGCAGGCAAGCCGGGGGCUGCAUCUAGCCCCUGGUCCUUAGGUUCUCCACCCUUCCCUAAGGAUCUGUGCAGGGACUCUCCUGAGGAAGCUAAAAGCUCUUCUCCUAUCACCAAGUAGAGGGGGGAGAUGCCUGAUCCAUUAUCCCGGAGCGCUACCUCUGUGUUCACACACCCCCCCUUCGGCCUCUGUCAGCUCCCAGCUGCU